UACAAAUAUUUACCAAGUUAUCAAUAUUAUCAAAAGUCCUCCCUGCUAUAUAAUUACCCAACCGUUAAAAAAAACCGAACCGAAGAAUGUUAUUUAGUAGAAGGAUUUUUUGAUGUCAUUAGUUUACACAAGUUAGGGGUAGAAAACUGUUUGGCCUUGCUAGGAACUAACUUGUCAGAAGCACAAACUAAACUGCUAAUCGAGUUAAAGAAGCGAAUUAUUCUCUUUUUAGACAGCGAUAAAGCCGGACAGGAAGCCACCGUCAAUGCGGCUGUGAAAUUACUGUUAAAGGAAGUUGAUUGUGAAGUAAUAAAGAGUAAUUAUGAGGGUGACCCAGAUGAGAUUUGCCAACAACAAAAUAAAGAAAAAGUUGGGAAUAAUCCUCAAAGAAUCAGUCGUUUCGUUAGUGAAAUAGCCGAAGUUUUUCGAAAGUUUAAACCUAGUAUCUAUGACUUCCUAAUCGCCAAAAUAAGUUCCUUAGUUGAACUAGUGGAAGCAGCUAAACCAGUAGUAACAAUUUUUUCAGCAAUUAAUAGUCUGGAAAAAAAGAUUAAAGAAAAAGAAAGAAAUAUAAAAAACAAGAAAGCGGUCGCAGAGGAUAUUAAAAAACUAAAAAUUGAACUGAAAAAAAAAGAGAAAGAACUGAAAAAAAUGGGUGAAAAAAAAGUCAUUGAAGGUGGUAAAGCUACUCGCUUUCUUCUUCAUUACAAUAAACACUUUGUUCAGUAUCUUGCUAAGGGUUAUUCUUCUUUUAACAGAAAAAUUGAUCCUGAGGAACUGGUCUCCGAAGGUAUUUCUUCUUUACCAAAAGCAAUUGAAAAUCAAUUUAUUAAUCAAGGCAGCGAAAACAAAGAAAAAAAAAAUGUAGUUUAUUAUGAUGAUAGUAGUUAUCGAAAUGAUGACAAGGAAAGUAAAUCUUAUUCAUUGCUAGAAACUUUGCAUGAUGAGGAAAAUGUCGAACUGACUGCCGAACAAAUACGCCACCGAGAUACUGUAAUUCAGACUAACAAUCUAAUCAACACCUUGGAAGAUCGAGAAGCGAUUUUGCUAAUUCGCCUCCUUUCUGGAGUAAAACCCACUAACUUAUUAGACAUUUAUUAUUUAGCCAACGAAGAAGAAAAAGGAGAAUUAAAAAAAAAAAUGAAAUUAGGUAACAAAUUUAAUUCUGAAGUUGCUCUUACUUAUGGAACACCAACGGGUCAAUUUACUGCCCAUGAAAUUCAUAAGGCUAAUGGUGUAGAUUAUAACCCGUAUUGCGAAAUAUUGAUAAAAACCCCAGUUGUAGUUUUGAACCUAACCGCAAAAUAUUUACGUGCUUUACUUGUGGCUUUAAGGCGAGCGAUGUCUUUAACUUUUGGGCUCAGUAUCAAAAAAUUACCUUGGAAGCAGCGGCAGAAGAAAUCAGAUUUAUUAGCCACUAACCUAGUCUUAGUAACUGAGAAUAACCGAGUUUGCGACUUUUUCCCAACCCAGCAUUUAAUUAUCCCCUUGACCAAUUCCGAAAGCAAAAUAGUAGCUUUUGCAGCUCGAAAAAUUGGUGAAAUACCAACCGGAGAGGGCAAGUACAAAUAUUUACCAA